AUGCCCAGCCUGUCCCAAGACAACCAAGUGUGCCUCCAGCAACAGCUCUCCAGACCUUCCACAUGGACACGAUUUUUGCCUCUGCUCAGGCCAGAAAGAUACGACACAAAUAUUUACCAAGCCACAGGAAGCAAAGGGGACUCCCAAGCAGUGCCUGAUGUCAAGAGUAGUGUUCCUCUCACUCAAGUGCCCAUGUCUGCCGAGGUUCCAGCACUCCCAGUGGGCGGCGAGAAUGGGGAGAAGGCCCCCUGGCCGCCCCACUCAGGAGCUAGGAGCAGACACUGUAGCACGCCAGCAGUCCUACUAAGGCUGCGAAACACCCAGGUCAUCCCAAAGGAAAACAGGCAGGGCCUGAUGACUAGGGAGCUGGGGAACCGUGCCAGGCCCCACGAGGCCGCCCGCGGCCGCUCCCGCCUUCAGGACCCUGGAGAGCGCCCGCCGAGCCCCUGGGACCCGCGCCCAGCAGUGCGCACUGUGUUCCCCUUCGCGCCUCACCACACUGUCACAUUUAUUCGCUGCUUCCCGCCUCCACCUUCAUUUUUCUUGGCAACCAACACUCUUGUUUUUCACAUUCAGAUUAAAUUGUUUUUUGUUUUGUUUUGUUUGCUGGAGGGAGUUAGGUUCCGGUUUGUAAGUACACUAAACGUUAGUGCACUAAGAAGCACUGACAGCUUCUUAAAGAUGAGAGCCCGAACAAGGCAAGUGGCCUUCAAAAGGUGCCAGGACGCGACAAUAACGUUGUGCUGGUUUUGUUUCUCUUCUUCUCCCACCCCUGCCAUUCCUGCCGCCGGCCCUGCACAGCACCCAGGUUCGCCCGCUGUCCCGAAGCUGUUCAGCCUCAUUUCUAGCUCGUUCUCCAGCCUCACGCAGUUCUUCUCUCACCUCCUCCGGCGACCCCCUCUUGAGGCUCCCCAGUGGCGCCCGGACUUCUCCCCUCUGUUUCCCGCCCUGCUGGCUGCCGAGUUCUUGCGGGGGCACAAGGAGCUGCCUGGCCGCCUCUUGCUCCUGCUUGGGGCAGCCCUGGCAUUGCCUGGCCCACCCCUGGGGAGUCACCCGCUGAGGAUGACCCGUCCGGUCGCCGAACCUAGAGAAGAGGACGCCAGAGUCGGGCAGAGUUCGCCCAUGCCCAGAAUGUCUUCCUGCAGGAUGGAGAUGCGGAAGGGGCCUGCGCCUGCGCAGGAGACGCCCGGGCGCGCGCCCGGCCAGCCCGGAGUCGGAAGCCGGGGCUCCAACGCCUGCUGCUUCUGCUGGUGCUGCUGCUGCAGCUGUUCCUGCCUCACUGUUAGAAACCAAGAAGACCAGAGACCCACAAGAGCUUCUCAUGAACUCAGAACAGACUUUCCGAUCUGUGAAGAAAGCUCAACUCCAACUCUGGAAGAAGUCAGCGCCUGGGCCCAGUCCUUUGACACCCUAAUGCUCACUCCAGCAGGAAGAAACGCCUUCCGGGAAUUCCUUCGGACAGAAUUCAGUGAAGAAAAUAUGCUUUUCUGGAUGGCCUGUGAAGAACUGAAAAAGGAAGCUAAUAAGAGUAUCAUUGAAGAGAAAGCGAAGAUCAUAUAUGAAGACUACAUUUCUAUUCUUUCUCCUAAAGAGGUCAGCUUGGACUCUCGAGUGAGAGAAGGCAUCAACAGGAACAUGGGGCAGCCAUCCCAACACAUAUUCGACGAUGCACAGCUUCAGAUUUACACCCUAAUGCACAGAGACUCCUACCCCCGCUUCAUGAACUCGGCCAUCUAUAAGGACUUGCUUCAGUCCUUAUCUGAGAAAUCAGCAGAAGCAUAG